AACACGAUGUCUUUUGCAUUCGCUGUCAUGAUGAUGCUUCUUGGCUCUGCAGUGGUGACUGCAUUUGUCCUGCAUCCAUCCAAGGAAGAGACUGCAAUCUCUGCUGAUUCCCAUCAAAGGUGCCCGGAGGAGUCACUGCAGUCGAUAAGGAAGAGUCUCCUCGGGGCUCUCAACAUCCAGACUGAGCCACAGCUGCCUGCUGGGUUUCUGGAUGGCAUCCGAGAACAGUGGCAGAGAACACUUGGAACCAAUUCCCAAAGUGCCAAGGACACCACAGCCGUCAACAACUCUGCAUCAGUUGAAAGUGUGAACAGUACAGGCCUCAAGUGUUGUUCCAUGGCCUCUGAGGUUUUCCUGAAAGAUCUGGGCUGGGACAGCUGGGUGAUCCAUCCUUUGAGCCUGACCAUCGUUCGGUGUGCAUUGUGCAACUAUAUGGAGAACACAGUGCAGUGUCCAUCCUCCUCCAGCAUCCAGAACUCACAGGAUAAUUUGCCUUGCUGUCAGCCUGCCACCCAGGAAAUGGUGCCUAUGGUCUACAUGGAUGGAACCGGCACCACUGUCAUCUCCUCUGUGCAGCUGACCCGCAGCUGUGGCUGUGGACCGGGUAAUGUUGAGCAGCAGGGCAAAAAGUAGGCUGAGGUUUGUCCUUCAGUCGUGAUAUGAGCCACGUUUUGUAACCAAAUUAUCUUCACACACAGGCCUGUUCUGUCCUGAGUUAAAAAGCCCACCUGUAC